UUUCCUUAAAAUCAAUUUGCUGUCCCCAAAUUCCCAUCGUUGUAACUAAGACCGAAAAGAUGAUCAUCACGAUCGAGCGCCUGUAAUUAAACGGCGAUCAUGGUCGAAUUCGCAAAUUUCCGAGGAUUCUCCGAGGUAGUGGGGAUACGCGAAACGAUGAGGACAGUGGCAAGUGCGUCCGCAAUAUCAUCGGGCUGCCGUCUGUCUGGCCUUUUGCAACGGGGGUCGAGGGUCAGAUUCUCGGGAACAUAAUCGUUCAUAGAUGGUCAGUCAGUAGCAUCGUGGAUGCUCGAACACGCGACCAUUUAUAUAAUUACCAGCGGGCGACCUGUGAUUUCUGUUUGUUACCCGUUCUCUUCCGGAAACAUAAAGGAAGUUCGAAGGGCUGCGGACUAACAUGACUGGGUUCGAUCUCGUGGACAUCCUCGGCAUUUCGUUGCUGAUGCACCUGUGUUUCAGCCUACUGCUUCUGUUCGUCCUGGUACCGCUCUUGUUGUUAAUGUAUCCCGUACUGGUAUGGUCGAGGAGGGCUUGGAUACGUUUCGUCAAGUGGAAGUACCCGAACGUGGUCGUCGUGGAAGAGAAUAGCAUACGCACGAUCCUGGAUCAAUUCCGAAAUCACGGAAUUUAUACUUUGCUGAUUCAAGGCCGUUCGAUCGCGGAGAGUAUCCGUGGCCACUUAGUACAUCUGACCUCGUCUAAGCGGUUUCUUCGCGCAGGAUUGUCGACGAGAUGGGGCCUGUACGUCUGGAAGGAUCUCGACUACUUCUCCGUGGACAAUCACCUGUUGAACUCGCCUUGUUCGUUCAGGGGUCGUCCGAUCACGGAAACCAAUAUUCAGGACUGCGUCAGCGAUCUGACGUCGAAAUUCUUCCCGCCGGGUCAGCCGCCGUGGCAGGUGCACGUCAUAAACUGUUACCUCUGCGGCGAAGAACGGCAGGUCUGCCUGAUCAGGGUUCACCAUUUGCUUCUUCAUCAAGAGCACUUGGCAUUGGGUGAUUUUCUACCGUUGAGGUACUCCGCCGACACUUGGACGUGCCAAGAGGAGAACUCCCCGUUCACGAACCUUUAUUCCGAGCCAUCUGCGCUGCCCAAGUUGUACCAGAAGCUCACGGAGAGUUUCAGUAAUUAUUGGAACGAAUUCUUGUAUAAUAAUGACCCGAACGAGAGGCCGGAGGUAUUAAAGAAACAGAUCGGCAUUUUCCAGUGUUCGAAAAUCGGUGUGAUAGUUCUAGUCUCAACGGUAAAGGAAAUGACGAGACAGUACAGAAAGGGAGAGGGUCCGCGAGUCUUCGACGUUUUCUCGAUCUUCCAGCGGGAAGCCAACAAACGGAAUUUCGGGCAUACGGUGUUCCUGCGAGCUCUGCUGAAAUCCUUAAAUCCUCUGGAGAUAAUCUACGACGUUGUGUUCUGGUGCUGGUACCUACUGGUCGUGCUGACUCUGAAGACACCGAUACUGCUUCUCCGGGAGUUGCGAGCCUUGAGAUCGCACCACAAACACUACUACCCGGACACGUUGCUCUACUUGCUGUGGUGUUACGUGCCGCUAAUAUUCCGCGCCACAGUGGAAGCUCUGUCGAUCACGUGGAUCGCUGUGAAAGCGCCUAGAACCAUCUUCGAGGAGCUCUUCCUGAAGCACCCGCAGACGAACCGGCUUCAGACAACGUCCCCUUGUGGACGGAAGGUCGUCGCUUGGUCGGAGGAAGUGGAGCUCGACGUUCUCCGAAAAAUCUCGUGUAUGACCGGAGCUACGGAGACCGAAAUCUUGUUGGCUGCCACCGUGGAUUCCCUGAAAGAGUACUUCCGGCAGUCCGGCGUCAGGAUACCGGACAACGUUCUCGCCACUGGGAAAUUCGUCAGGCAAAGAGCGGUGUUCAUGCAGAACCACGAGGUCAGAGGCAUACUGUGUCUCGCGCUGCCCACCAAGACUCCGUUGUUCGAAGACGAUCUGGUCGAGAUCUUGCAGGUCAUCCAGAGGAACGUGCGAGAGGCGAGGUCGAAGCAGAGCGCGAUAUACGCGGUCACCGCGGCCGAGGCUUCCUGCGGGAUGAUCUCCUCCUGUUUGCCCUCGCUGUUACUCAAAGUGAUGCUCAAUCAGCUGACCAGAAGGUACUCCCUGUCGUUGACGCACGUCGACGGAGACCUCCACGUAGAAGGCGUCGAUGCUAUUAUGUACUGGAGACCGCCCCAAGGCAAUUGCAAUAUGUCGAUAACUCUACACAGGUACAGAAACGGUAUCCGAUUAGGCGUGAUGGGUGACGCGUUGAUCGGGCCUGAGCACGCUGUGAUCACGAGGACCUUCCCGAAGAGCGUGCAGACGCUCGCAAACGUGGUCGGCGUGCCGAGAAUGCCCAGCAGGAACUCGACCCCGAGUCCAAUCAGCCUUAUGGCCUCGCCGGGAUAUUAAUUAAAUUAUCGCAUGUCCCAUAGAAGCUGAAGGCAUUUGAAAGUGGAGAACGGGACGUACCGGACGCCGUGUCGUGGUUUAGGAUACUUCCUGGAAUUUAUUAUUGUACAUUUAAAAUUGUGUACUAUUAUUUAAGCAAGAGAUUUUUCCGAAGAAAAGGGAUGCAGGGAAUGAAAAGAAGAUUGUACCGAUGUUUUGUUACUUUUGUAUAAACUUGUAUUCCGACUUUA